UUUCAAUGCAGCCAAGUUUCUCAUAAGCUGCUCCAAGGUGACGAAUUUCUCAUAGCCCACACGCACACACACACGCGCAGCAAAACACCACUCACUGGAUCGCACACACAAGACACGUGCCUUGCGGCGUAACGUCGAUUUGCGGUUUGAAGGCGCACUUUCCAUAGAAAUAUGUCAUUCAGAGGAGGAGGCGGCGGCGGGUACGGCCGAGGAGGUGGCGGUGGUGGAGGAGGGUUCCGUGGUGGAAGAGGUAGAGGUGGCGGCGGAGGUCGGGGGCGCGGCGGUGGAGGAGGAGGAGGAGGAUAUGGAUUUGAUGGUCCUCCAGAACAGGUCAUCCCUCUUGGACACCUGUCACAUACGUGUCAGAACGACCUUGUUCUAAAAGUAGACCUUGAAGAUGUUCCAUAUUUCAAUGCCCCUAUUUACCUGGAGAACAAAGAACAAGUUGGCAAGAUUGAUGAGAUCUUUGGCUCAAUUAAAGACCAGUAUGUUUCAGUAAAUCUAGGCCCGAAUUUAAAAGCCCAGUCUUUCACCCCUGAACAGAAGUUUUACAUCGAUCCUGCGAAGCUCUUACCCCUCGCCAGGUUUCUCCCACAACCUCCCGGUGCCCCUCGCGGUCGUGGUGGCCGAGGUGGUGGCGGUGGGCGAGGCCGAGGCCGCGGGGGCGGUGGCUUCGGAGGCCGUGGCGGUGGAGGCCGAGGUCGCGGUGGUGGCGGCUUCAAUAACCGUGGCGGCGGCGGUGGAGGAGGUUUCAGAGGCCGGGGCGGCGGCGGCUGGGGAGGUGGUGGCGGCGGUGGUGGCGGCCGAGGGCGAGGAGGCGGUGGCUUCAAGAGAUACUAAAUCUGCUUUUCCUUAUUCAAGAAAAUUUUUUUCUUUUUUGUUCUGUUGUACUUUUAAGGAUGUGUGUGAGAACUUGUGCCGCAUUGAAAAUUCGAAUUGUAUUAGACAGGGCAUAGUUUUUUUUUGAAGUGUUUUUCCUAUGUCAAAGCAGCUGUGUGCUGCUGUUUAAAUUUGAGACUUCAAUUAUAUCAAUGUUCUUUGAGACUUAUCAUGAGUUAUGAUAUCAUGUCGCAUGGCGGAAUGAAUUUGGAAUUGAUUGUGCAACCAUUUGUUGGAGGUGAAGUCUAAAAAGGGUUUAGGCAUAGACUUUUUUUUAUAUGUAAUUAGAUGUAAUGAUGUGAUACUUUUAUUGUGACCAGGUGGAAGAUGACAUUGAGCCAGUUUGGCCUGUUGUUGUUAGUGUCCUUACAUUGAAAUGUAUUUUGUUCUAAGCUCUUUUGUGCUUUUAAAUACACACCAAUGCAACCUGA